AUGUCUCUAAAAACAAGAGAACAAUUACUAGCCGAUUUUGAAAAUGAGUUAAUUCGAUUUGAGGCCAUGUCCAUUAAGAUAGAUGGUUAUGAACAACCGCUUGUGUUUUCCAGAGAUAUGGAUCCGAUACCUCAAAGACUUUACUUUAUUUUACCAGAGUACUCGGUGUACCACUUGACGAUAAGAUUCAAAGUAAAGAGAAGAUCAUUGAAAAACUUGACUUAUCAUCAAACUGUCAAGAAAUCUGGUAUUAUUGUGGACUCUAGAGAUUUACCCAUGGCGCAAGAUGCCUAUGUCAACGAUCAUACCAAUGAAAAUGAUUACCACGAAGUGACAUUUGCGAGAAGUGGAUUGCCCGGCGGGUCGUUUCUAAGAACGGAAUUUACAUCGAAAUCUAUUAUAAGAGAAAAUGGGAAAAAGAUUUGGAGUUACAGAUGGAUUCUUCAAAUAGUUGAGAAAUCUAGACCUCCAGCAAUUGGAGGAUUUAUCUAA